ACUAGUCAAGGGAUUCGUGCAGGAAACAGAGGCCGCACCGGCCAGGAGCGAGAUGGCAAUGGUGCCCUGCCCUAGCCAGCGUCUAUCGUUGUCGAGCAGCAUCAAAAGCGCCGCCCCGCACCAGAUCUGCGUCAGCCGGCCUAGCCGCGCCCCAAGGCGGCCAGCCCACCUGGCGGUGACUGCCGCAGCAGCGGCGCCGCAAGCCUCCAAGGCGCUGGACCGGUUCAGCGCAUUUGACCGCGUGUCGGUGCUGUCAGAGGCGCUGCCAUACCUGCAGCGCUUCCGCGGCAAGACCAUCGUCAUCAAGUAUGGCGGGGCAGCCAUGAAGGACGAGAGCCUCAAGGCGCGGGUUGUGUCCGACCUGGUGCUGCUUUCGUGUGUGGGCAUCCACCCCGUGAUGGUGCACGGCGGUGGACCCGAGAUCAACUCCUGGCUCAAUAAACUGGGCAUCGAGGCGCAGUUCAAGAACGGCCUGCGUGUAACCGACGCCGCCACCAUGGACGUGGUGGAGAUGGUGCUGGGCGGGCGCGUGAACAAGAGCCUGGUCAGCCUGAUCCAGCAAUCAGGGGGCGCCGCAGUGGGGCUGUGCGGCAAGGAUUCGGACAUCAUCCGUGCGCGCCAGAUGGUGGAGAAGGACAUUGGGUUUGUGGGAGAGGUCACCUCCGUCAACCCCUCGCUCCUCCAGACACUUGUUGCCGAUGGCUACAUACCGGUGGUGGCCUCUGUGGCGUCAGACGGCAAAGGGCAGGGCCUGAAUGUGAACGCAGACACGGCAGCGGGCGAGAUUGCGGCAUCGCUGCGCGCUGAGAAGCUGAUCCUGAUGACCGACGUGCCAGGCGUGAUGCGGGACAAGGACGACCCCUCCACAAAGUUUGCUGCGCUGACCAUCCGGGAGUGCAAGGAGCUGGAGGAUCAGGGCAUCAUCGCGGGCGGCAUGAUUCCAAAGGUGGACUGCUGCAUCCGGUCGCUGUCCCAGGGCGUCAGCGCCACCCACAUCAUCGACGGCCGCCAGCCGCACUCGCUGCUGAUGGAGCUGCUCACGGAUGAAGGGAUUGGGACGAUGAUAUGUGAGCGGCCCCUAUAAUCUGACUGCACCCCAGGUCACCCUCCAGCUGGAAGCCAAAUGUGCCCCCCUAAAUCCCGCCUCUUUCAUCCAUUGCUCGAUAGAAUCCGUCAAUGCAAGUAUCAACAAGCCA